UAAUUGUUAAAUUGCGUGAUAGGACGAAUAAAACACUUCAGGAUGUGCUGUUAUAAGAAAAUAAUCAAUCGCACUGCCUUGUUGUUGACUAAGUUUUAUUCCUACCAUACAAAGCCAUUCCCUGAUAUAUUUUUUUUUUUGUCCUGCAUUAGCUCAAGACCUUUGUUUUGAUGAAUAGCAUUCAUUAAAUAGUUUUUUUUUUCACCCUAGUUUUGCGUAGUUCUCCUAUUCUUUUUCUAUAUUUGGAUAAUGUCUUUUGACAAUGCAAAGUACAUGACUCUAUUUCUUGCACAUGUCCUUAUAAGGCGAUGUUGCAAACAUCUCAGAAACGUGACCUGACUUGGGACUAGGUUCAUGAACCCCGUCUCCAACUUGGGAAAUAAACUUUAUUGUUUUGCGUACGAUUCCUGCCGCAUUGUAAUUUACUGUGUCCCGCUCUUUGGUGUCAGGAAGUCCAAUCUGCAGUCUGUUUUGAUGUCUGACACUCUUUUUGAUGUCCUCUUAUUUCUCUGUUGCUGAAUAAUCAACUCAAUAGUAGCUGAUGGAAAAUGCACAUCAUCCUACACGAUCCUUUGGCGACCUGAAGCAUUCAGAUGGAGACUCUGGUGUUUCUCAUACAGAUAAAAACAGGCUCAUGAAAUUGGAGGGGGAAAUGUUUCACAGCGAAUACACACUGCCCCCUGUCUUUCACAGUGCACAAACACACACACACACACCACACAAACACUGAUCGGGUUACUCGGAUCUUUGUCUUGGCAGGAGCCUAUAUCUGUACCUGUUUGAUUGCUUGCAUUUGGCGACUUCUUUUCGGUUUCAUCCUAAAGCGUGUUCAAGUCAUCGUAACAGCACUUAUCAGCACUGCGUCAUGGCUGUGGGUCAGCAGUUUCACUAACCUACACCUGGCUCCUCUCCGAACCUCGGUGACACAGCAGGACAACUAAGAGACGAGACAGCGAGGGAUUCAACAAGCGUACACACCUGCAACAUGAGUGCCGUGGAGAAGGAGUGACUCCAACAAAAUAUCUCAGAUCCUCUCCGUCUACUCCUGCUGUGGGGUUCCUGAGGUCAAAGGUCAGGAUGAUGCGAAGGAUCCUCCGCGACAUGUACGUGGAGCCGGAACUGCUGGCCGAGCUGAACGAGGAACAAAAGCAGAUCCUCUUCUACAAGAUCCGGCAGGAGCAGGUCCGGCGCUGGAUGGAGCAGGAGGCUCGAGAAGAAAGUUCAGAGAAGAACUCUGCUCCAUCACUGAGGGAGGGGGCGAGAAAGCACAUUCGCUGGCUUUCUGGCAUUGAUGGUGAGGUGUGGGUGUGGGUCAUGGGUGAAGCUCCUGGAGAUAGAUCUUACGAGCAGAUCAUCAAAAACCUGAUGGAGGAGAAAGCACGGAGGCAGGCCCAAUUAGAGGCUCGGGAGCUGUGGCGAAAGAAAGAAGCCGAGAUCAAGCAGAAGUUCAGGGACGCAAUCGCUAAAGAGAAGGCACGUCUGGUAGCCGGGAAGUGGAAAGAGGAGGCGGAGGACAGGAAGGCGGCCAAACAGGAAGAAGAGCGCAUACAGGAGGAGCUAAAGAAACGUGAGGAAGAAGAGAGGCAGAAGGGAGAGGAGGAGGUUCGGUGUGCUGAGGAGAAGCGAGUGAAGGAGCUGUACAUGAUGCUACAGCAGGAGCAAAAAAAACAAAGUGAACAUGCUGACAAGGAGUGGGAAGAACAACUGCAGCGCUCCAAGGCGGCAGAUGAGGAGAUGAUGAGGAGAGCACGCUGGGCGAGGGAUGAAUAUAAUCGCCAGUCCAUCCGAGCCGUGGAGAAAGGCCAUUUCAAGCAGCAAAUACCCAUAAGCAGGAGACACAGUGCAGUCGGAAUAGAGCCGUCGGACAAAUCGCAGGAUAAAGUCCCCAAAGAACGUCCUCGGCCUGGCCUCCAACCUGCAGAUCCUCCGCUGUACCGCCGCCGACAGAGCCGCAAACACGGCAGCACCGCGUCGCAGCCACUCAUGGAUAGCCCCUCCUGGGUCCGUGCUCCUCGCCCCAGCUCUAGAGAAUCGGUCAUACUGUGGUUCUCUGAGGACCAGAAGCCGAAGAGGGCUGGAUAUGAACGGACGAGCGGCACCGUCGCCACGUGGUUUCAUGGGUUGGUGGUUCGAUUCCCUCUUCCGCCCUGUGUGGGUCGAGUUUGCAUGCUCUCACCGUGCUUCAGUGGUUUCCUUCGGGUACUCCUGUUUCCUCCACAAGACCAAAGACAUGCACUGUAUGCUGACUGUCAUUUCCAAAUUGUCUGUAGUGUGUGAAUGUGUGUGCGAUUUUGCCCUGCGAUGGGCUGCCCCAGUCCCAACCCCCCCCCAUCCAGGGUGUGUUGUCGUGCUACAAGCUCCCUGGGAUAGUCUCCAGGCUCCUCGUGACCCUGUGUAGGAUAGGUGGUACAGAAAGUGGAUGGAUGGAUGUAUAUAUAUUUAUAUAUUUAUAUAUUUAUUUAUUUAGGUUGGGGAAGUUGUCACCCGGUUCUCAAGGGGAUCCAGGCACGCCGUUGACAUGUUCCUUAGAAACUGAUGCCGGAUUUUACAACUACUGAGACAAAACUCUUACUGGGAGAAAAAGGGGCUGCUUAGUUAUGGGGAGAUUGACAGAUUUUUUGGUUUGAGGCUAUGUUUCUCUCAUUUUCCCUUCACAGGAAUAAUUACACGUGAGGAAUCUGAGAAAUUACUGAUGAACGAAGCUGAAGGCUCUUUCCUGGUGCGAGUCAGUGAGAGGAUUUGGGGUUACAUCCUGUCAUAUCGCACAGCCACUGGCUUCAAACACU